AUGAGUUGGCUCCUCACGUGGGUUCUAUUUGCCGCCGGAAUUCAUCAGGCCCUUCCCCAGACGUCCUACACCCGCACCCAGUACUGCAGAUGGCCCUGCCAGUGCCCGCCGGUCCCUCCGACGUGCCCGCCGGGCGUUAGUCUGAUCAUGGACGGUUGCGACUGCUGCCGCGCCUGCGCAAAGCAGGUGGGCGAGGUCUGCAACGAAGCAGAAACCUGCGACUAUCACCGUGGCCUCUACUGCGACUACAGCGCAGACAACCCUAGGUACGAACAGGGCGUGUGUGCAUAUCUCCUCGGCACUGGCUGUCAAUACAACGGCGUUCUCUAUCGCAAUGGUGAGAGUUUUCAGCCCAACUGUAAAUACCAAUGCCUGUGUGUAAAUGGGGCAAUCGGUUGUGUGCCCCUGUGCACCGAGUCCAAACCUCCCAGGGUGUGGUGUCAGACCCCUCGGCGAGUGAAGAUCCCAGGCCGCUGCUGUGAGCAGUGGAUCUGCGAUGAGCCAAGGAGGGGCCGAAAGACAGCUCCCAGACACGCUGUGGCUGCACUCUCAAAUGGAAAAGACAACUGGCAUAAAAACUGUGUGACUCAGGUCACAUCCUGGAGCCCCUGCUCCAAGACCUGUGGCAAAGGCGUGUCCUUACGCAUCACCAAUGACAACGAGCGCUGUGAGAUGAUCAAAGAGGCCAGACUCUGUAACAUCCGCCCCUGUGAGGUCGAUAUCACCCAGCACAUUAAGCCUGGGAAGAAGUGCCUGAACAUCUACAGGGAGGAGCAUCCAUCCAACUUCACCAUUUCAGGCUGCACCAGUAAGAAGGCCUACCGACCAAAAUACUGCGGCGUCUGCACGGACGAACGCUGCUGCAUCCCGUACAAGUCCAAGACCGUUACGGUGGAGUUUGAGUGUCCCAGCGGUGAUGUGUUCUCCCGGCAGGUCAUGUGGAUCAACGCCUGCUUCUGCAACCUCAGCUGCAAAGACCCCAAUGACAUCUUCGCCGAGCUGGAGCAGUACUACGAGCACCGCGAAAUUAUGAACUGA